CCAGUAUUCUUUUUCAAAAAACAUAAGCUGGCGAGUUUUUAAAUAAAAUUAUCACAAUCCUUGUACAAGGCCACAUCGAGGCACAUGGUUUUGAAAUCGAGGUGGAAAUCAUGAUUUGAUUUGAAAUCAUGGUUUUGAAAUCAUGGCGAAAAUGCAAAUGCAUGAUACAUUCAGACCAGGAGCAUUUGCCGCUGUCAGUCGUUUAUUACUCUGCACUCUUCAGGCUGGCUUCAGAUAUCUUAGUUAUGAAUACGAUUCAUCAAGUGUCGAGCAAAGCUUUUUAUCCCAUCAAAUGGAUUCUGAGUACUCAUUGACACAUCUUAAUGACAGCAAGACAAUUUUUGACAAAAUGAUCAUGUCAGCACUUGGUGGCCUCUCUAAAUGGGAUGCAGUAUACUUUCUAAACAUUGCAUCAUUAGGCUAUGAUUAUGAACAGAUGCUUGCAUUUUUCCCAGCCUUUCCUUGCAUUGUAUCAUACUUGGCAAAAGUAUUUGAAAUAAUUUGUUUGGGCUUCAUUAAUCAUCUAUCAUGUUUGAUGCUGUGUGGCGCUUUGAUCAAUAUGCUGGCAUUUUCAAUAGCGGCUAUAAGUUUGCACAAACUCACUUUAAAAAUGACAAGAAAUAAUGGGAAAGCUGAUGUUACAGUGAUACUGUUCUGUUGUAAUCCAGCAAAUAUUUUUCAUGUGGCAGCAUACAGUGAAUCUUUGUUUGCUUGCUUUCAAUUUACUGGCAUGUUAUGGAUCGAAGAAAGGAACGAAAGAUCAGCAUUUCUGGUAUCUGCUUUAUGUUUUGCAGGAGCAACUGCAACCAGAUCUAAUGGACUUUUGUCAGUUGGAUUUUUGUUAUAUGCACUGCUUAUAAAGAUAUUAUUCAUAUUUACAAGAAAACAAGACUCUUUUUGGAACAUAUGUUUUUGCUAUGCAAAGGAGAUAUUGAUAAACUUUCUAACAUGUGGUGCAAGUGUCUUGAUUGUUUUAGUUCCAUUUUUGGUUUUCCAGUAUUUUGCAUUUGUGAACUAUUGCCAAGAUGUGACAAAACUGAAGGAUUCAAAAGCCCACUGGUGUCUUGCAACUUUUCCAUCAUCAUAUUCAUAUAUCCAGAAAACAUACUGGAAUGUUGGGCCAUUUAGAUAUUUUCAGUGGAAGCAGAUUCCAAACUUUGCUCUUGCAUUGCCAGUUAUUUUUUUGUCUUUUGGUGCUUCAUGGAAUGUACUGAAACUAUCAAGUAAUGGCCUGUGGACUUUGUUGCAGAUGAUCGUUGAUAAUCAACAGACAUCAAAAAGAAGGAUGACCAAACAAUGUCUGGAAAAUGUACUGUUGGUUCCUUAUGCCUGUCAUCUUCUUUUCUUAGUUGUAUUUGGUAUCAUAAACAUUCAUGUUCAGGUUUUGACAAGAAUGAUUUUUGCAGCCAAUCCACUCGUUCUUUGGUAUACUACAGAUAUAUUGGUAUCUACUAAAGAAGAACAGAAUUCCAAAUAUUCAACUUCACAUAUAGUAUUAGGGUAUUUUAUUUCAUAUUCUUUGAUUGGAAUUCUUUUACAUUGUAAUUUCUAUCCAUGGACAUGAAGCUGGUGUUUGAUGUAUCUGUUCUAUAAAUUGUAAAAUUUCAUCUCAAUGGUCUUUUUAAUAUGCAAAUAUUCCAGUGGUGUAUUUAUAUCAAAAUAACAAGAAGGGCUUUUGCACAAAAUGUUGUGAAGAACAAUAGCAAAAGUAGAAAUUUGCCAAAUUUUGGCAUCAGCAAGGGGGGCUCAGGGAGGCAUGAGCCCCCCUAACACUACACCCCUGAAAUAUUCUUUGGCAGUGUAGGAUAACAAAUUGCCAAAUAUUUUUUUCAAAACCUCUGUAAAAGAUAUGAUUUGUCCAUCUUGGGGAAAAGGCCGCAAAAAGGGAGGUAGUGGUUAUAAAUGUAGUAGAUGCCACUUACCACAUAUUUUCAAGGCUUGAAAAUGCACUGCAGAGGGUUGAGAAAAGUGAAAGGCUCUUUUUAGACCUCUCAGGAUCUAUCUUGCUGAUUCUUUUUAGACUUUGUGUUCCAGAGAAAACACUGAAGAAGAAGUCAUUUGAGCUUUUCACAUUUCAUAUCAUUCAGCAAAUCACAGCUGGGUUCGCACAACCACCCCCAGUUGCACGCACACACUAACAAAAUCUCAACGUUCUAUAGAUAUAUACUGUAAACUAAUUAAUCCAAAACUUACUACCACUGAAGAUGCUCCAUUCAAUUUUUCAUCAAUUGGCUCAAACGAAAGUGUAAUUAUUAUGAUCAAAGCAAUUAGAAAAUAAGGUAAACAGAAAAGCUACAACACAAAGUCACAAUAUGCAGUUAAACCAAAAACCUUAAUCGACUACGCAAUGAAAAUUUACAUGAAAACCAGGACAGGCUCUAAGAAAGUAGGGGGUGGCUUUAACCGAAUAAAAAAUGGCUUUACAGUGGUUCGUUUCUAAAUUCUUUGCAAUUUUUGCAAAAAUGAUAGGUAAUAAAGCCCCCUCCCCAAAUCAUCUGCUCAGUGGUGGCUCCAGCCUGGGAUAAGUAGGGGGGAUAAAAGUUGUGUCAGGGACAACGCCCUUUUGGACCACGCCCUUUCCCCAUGUUUGAAACUUUUUCUUCCGGAGGAAACACCUGUUGUCUCCCAAGAAAUGUCUUUUACAUGUGACGAUCUCGAUAACGUACAUACCCCCCCUCCUGAAGUUUUCUCAUCAGGUUUGCAAGAAUCUCAAGGA